AUGUCCAAAGGCAACUGUGGUGCUUAUCAGUGGGGAGUGAGGCCCAUCACCUGCCUUGGAGAUAGAGUGGACCAGGAUGAGUCCAUCCUCAGCAUGGAGAAGCCUGAAGGACACCACAGCACCAGGAAACAUCCGAGCUUGAGGAGCUACUGUGCCUACGUGGUGCAGCGCAACGUGACGUGCACACUGCAGGACGGGGCCGAGAGCUACGUCAAGGCUGAGUAUCACAAGUGCAGCUGGGGACCCAAGUGUCCGGGGAAAGUGCUGUACCGCACCUUCUUCAGACCCAGGUACAAGAUUGGCUACAAGACAGUGACCGAGCUGGCCUGGAGGUGCUGCCCAGGCUUCAUGGGAGAAGGGUGCCAUGACAGCCCAACCGACCAGCCUGGCCUCCUGCCCCAACAUCCCAGCCCAAAAAUGCCUCCUGGGCAAAAGAUGUUUCCAAUCCCCAGACUUCCUCCCCAUCCAAAAAGCCACCCCGACCUGUUUCCAGGACCAAAGAAGAAUCAAUAUGGUAGGAAGCUGCCUGGCCUCUUCGGGGACCGCCUGGACCGGCUGGAGGAGGAGGUGAGGCGCCUUUCCCAGUCCUACGACAGCCUGCACACCCUGGUGAGCAGCCUGAGGCUGGCCAUCCAGGAGGACACCACCAAGAUGAUCAGCUCCUUGAUGAACAGCCCAGGCACCCCUGACUCCAUGGUGGGCUUCGGCAUCAUUCCGGAUGGCCUGGUGGACGUGGCAGACAAAGCUGAUAUCGCCACCUUCCCUCCCGUGGGGGAGAUCCUGACCAAAGUGACGGAGGUGAGCGACGUGCUGAAAACGAAGGCAGAUCUGCUGCACGAGGUUCGUGGCAUGGUCCUGGACCACGACGGGCAGAUCAAGCACCUUCUGGAAUCAGCCCGGCCCUCCCCUCUCACCUCCAUCGACCUGCUGGAGGAGUACGUGGACACGCGGCUGAGCAACCUGCGCGGGGAGCUGCUCGACGGCUUCGAGAAGAAGCUGGGGAAGAUCCAGACCACGUGUGACUUCCGGAUCCAAGAGGUGAGGCAGCAGUGCGAGGAGGAGAAAGCUGCCAACCUGAGGCUGCAGCAGACGCUGGAUGGGAAGGAGCUGGAGAUCAAAAAAGAGAUCUCCCAGCUGGAAACCCAAAUCCAAGGGCUAACGGUGGUGGAAAGCUGCUGCAGCAACCUGGACUACCUCACCGACCGCAUGAACAUCCUUGAAAAAGGUCUUCACAGCAUCUCUGACUCCCAGAAGAACUUGCACUCGCGGCUGGAUGGUGAAGUCUCCACUGCCACCCUAGGCAACCUUUUUGAAGGGCGCUUUGAAGACCUGGAAGCCCGGCUCAAUGCUACAGAGGGAGAAACAGGAAGCUGCUGCUCCAGCGUAGAGGACAGCGUGAGAGGCAUGGUGGUGGCAGAGGUGGAUGGCAUGAGGACUGCCUUUGAAGACAAAAUGCAGACCCUGGAGGACAGGUUCAUGACCAUUGUGGGGGAGCUGAACAACGUCAGCUCUCCCGUGGGCAUGGAGGGAGCGGUGGUGCCCGUGCUGGAGGGGGAGCUCGCCAGCAUCAGGAAACGCACGGACGAGAGCCUGGAGGUGCUGCAGAACCGCCUCGUCACGUUGGAGACAACUUGUUCCCUGGGCUGCACCUCUGCCUCCAAGGACGUGGAGACUUUCCGGACAGAGAUAGAAGACUGCCAGAACAAGAAUCAGGACCUGCUCCUCCGGAUGGACAGCAACUAUGACCUCCUGCGCAAGCUGAACGCCACCAUCCUGGAGAUCCAGCGGCGGAUCGAGGAGGAAGCCUCGGGGGCUUUGCAAGGGGAGAUCACCUUGCUAAAGAUCAACCUCAACACCGUGAGCAAAUCUCUGACAGGCCUCAAGGACUCGGUCUCCCAGUACUCAGACACCAUGACCCACGUCAACUCCUCGCUGGAUGAGCACGAGCGGAAGAUCGAGGAUGAGGUCCACUCCAUCCAGGAGAAAAUCAACAACCAAGGCUCCCAGCUUUUCUUCAGCAACCGGCGUGUCCUGAACCUUAAGGGAGACUUGGAGCGACUCAAAGCCAGGAUCAUCAGUGACCUGAGCUCCUGCAAGAGCGUGGCCCAGGACCUGCAGCAGGAGAUCUCUCACUUCGACGACCGGGUGGCUCGGGUGGAGAGCGUUUGCGGCAGGUUGGGCGCCGUCACCGGGAGCCUGGAUGGCAUCAGGGAUGAACUGGAGAAACACACGGGCAGCCUGUGGGACUACAUGGACCACAUCAACGGGACGCUGGCUGCCCACUCUCAGGAAAUAACAGGACUGAAGGACAACCUGCUUGACUGCCAAGCCAAGGUCUCGGAGCUGGCAGAGCAGGUCUCCCACUUGGAAGAGCAGGCAGAGGGGAAGCAGCAUUAG